AUGUCCUCAGUCCCAACUGGAACGAACUCCCCGCAUACCUCAAAGAAAUGGACUAUCGGAACCCGACCGAUUUCCAUGAACGCGGCUUUCCACAAAGCACACAGCACGACCGACCAUUUCAUACCCUUCCUAGCCCCCAAGCUAGACUUCCAGAGGUCUUUCCAAACCUACAUGAGCGGAUUCGACAAAGGCAGAAUUGUUUGGACAGACUUCUUCCCAGCGGAAGAAGGAAUCGGCAAAGGCGCCCGGCGAGACCCGGAGGCUAUCAUGUUUGUUGACAUCGGUGGCGGUAUGGGACACGAAGGUCUUGCACUGAAGAAACGAUAUCCGAACCUGCCAGGUCGCUUUGUAAAUCAAGACCUACCUCAGAUCGUAUCAGAUCAGAAACUGCAUGGGAUUGAGUCCAUUGCUCACGACUUCUUUACUCCCCAGCCACUUAAAGAUAAACACCGAGUCGAAUUUGCCCCCCAAAGUCCCUUAUCCUGCUGCAUCCACCGGCACUAUUGGUGA